AUAUAUACAAAAAAUGUUUUAGAAUUUAAUUUGUCGCAGGAAAAAAGUUAAUAUUUCUAGCUCAUAAAGCCGCAUCAAUGUCAUCCUUAUCAGUGAUUGUCGCGGCCAAGCAAAUAUUCACUGCGGAUCAGUGCCAAGCAAAUAUUCACUGCGGAUCAGUGUGGUUGUGGUCAUGGGGGUCACGUGAUCAGUGCGGACUCGAGUUUCUAUAUAUAACUCUAUGGGAAAACCCAAUAGAACAAGCAUGCGCCGUGGAGCAUACUUUAUCAUUAAAAAUCCCUCACAGAUAAACGGUUGUAAAAUACUACGAACUCUUUUUGACAUUUUCUAGGAAAAUGUUUUUUUUAGAUUAGAAAGAUAUCUUGCAUUACACAGACUGUACUUAAGAAACACACAAUGGCCGAUGUACCACUAAACCGCGUUGAAAGGAGACAGCUCAUUGAAAGAAUCAGACAACAUGAGGCAGAUUUUGUUUUGUUUGUUAAUCAGCGACAGAACACCAUCAGGUUAUUACUGGAAGUGGCUGAUGAGUUAGAUACAAGCAAAUGGAGGGUCAGGAUCAGCAGACUUGCUGGGUCAUCUGGUGGAAUAUUAUCUGGUGUUUUAACUGUUGUUGGAUUGGUAACCUUACCUGUAGGUGGGGUUGGUGCUGGCUUUUUGGCUGCAGGAGGGGUUGUGGGCGGUCUUGCCGCGGCCACAGGUGCCGGGGCUAACAUAGGUGACGCUGUUGUAAGUGGAAAAAGAAAAAAGCAAUGCAACCAAGUGCUUGAGGCAGAUAAUCAAGCUGUCUUGCAUUAUCAAAACUGUCUUGACGAUAUACGAUUAUUCAUCAGAGGGGUGUUGCCUAUCGGCACUGUUGUUGUGCAGUUAGUGCGAUUGGUUGACGUGCUAUUGGAUGCUUCCGGUGCCACAGUUAGGGCAGUUGGGGCUGCUGUUGAUGCCGUUCCUAUUGUUGGGGCUGUUUUUAACCUGAUCACACUCCCUCUGGACAUUGGCACCUUAAUUUCCAACUCAAUAGAUAUCCAUAGAGCAACUCCCCAUCAGAUAUCAGUAAGGAUAAGAGAAAUAGCACAGCAAUUGGAUGCUCAGCUUAGAGAUCUACAGCUAAGACAUGACGAUGAAAGGGAAGAACUUGAAAAUGUUCUUCUUGAGAGACUUGCUCCACGCCCAAGAAGAAUUUCAAGAAGGGAAAUGUUAUUUUACGUAUGUGUAAUUGUUGUGUUUAGUAUUAUAAAUCUGGUUAUAUUCAUGUGCCGAAGAUCUGAUGGUCCCCUGCUUUUGACCUAUGAUUUACCGAUGCUCCCAUUCGAUUGAAAUUGGAGGGGGGGGGGGCGUUUGAAUUCUGAUUUAUUUCCGGUCUAACAAAAUAUCAUAAUAACACCUUGAUAAACAAAAUGUGGACAGACCAAUAAAAGUGUAUAUUUGGAGAUGCAUAAUGUAAGUAUUAGAUAAGGAGCUGGCAGAUCUCGCUUAGCAUUGGUACCGUUGUGGACACUCUACAUGCUAAAGUUAUUAUCUAAUUGACUUUAAAUUUAGGAUUUAUGCUCAGUGUUUACGGCCAUGAGGCGAAGAAGCCUGUUGAUUUUCAAAGAUUUCUGAUAAUUACUGCCAUACUUAUAGUCCUUGAUUACUUUGAAUUCUUUAGAGGCUAAAGUUGAUAUCCGAUUUACUUGAAAUUUAUGCAUAGUGUUUAUUGUCAUGCGACGAAGAGGCCUAUUGAUUUUCAACAGUUUCCGAUAAUUACUGUCAGAUUUAUGGCCCUUGGUCACUUUGAAAAAUCUUGUGGCCACUCUAGAGGCUAUAAAUUUAUACACAGUGUUUAUGGUUAUGAGGUGAAGAAUCCUAUUGCAUUUCUACGAUUUCCAACAAUUAUUGCCAGCGUUAUGACCUUUGAUCACUUGGGAAAUCUUGUGGAGGUGCUAGAGGUUAAACUUAAUAUAAAUUUAUUCUCAGUGUUUAAAGUCAUGGGGCAAACAACCAAAAGAAAUUCUAAUGAUUUCUAAUAAUUACUUAUUGGAUUGUUACUCGUAAUCAGAUUUUACUUUAUUAAAACGUCUUCAUUACUGACAUAAGAAAAAAAUAUGCUUGGCAACCUAUCUUUAAAUUAAAUUAUUAAUUGACUAUCUUGUUUCAAUCCAUUGAAAAUCACAAACAUCCGAUAGUCUAGAGGGUUUAUUAUGGUCUUGUCUUGUUAAUAAGUGUCUACUAAUUAAUUUAUAUAAUAUUUGAGGCCAAAAGAAAGAUCUGCAAUAGGUAGAUUUAGCUCUUACAUAAUGCAUCUUUAACUUGAGAGAACCAGAUGGAAAUCCCUUCAAAGUUCCUAUAUUAGUGGACACUACCACAAUGUAGAUAUCCAACAAUGAAUGCAGCGGAAAGACAACAGGCCUCAUUUGAAGACUUUUCAUGGCUGACAAAUCGAUGUAUUUAGUUUCUUUUAGUAACUACCCGGGUUAAUGAAAUUAUGUACAGCGUAUUUACAAUGAUUAAUGGCGUAAUAUAUUGUUGCUUCUAUUCACAUGAAAUAAAUGUUAGACAAGUAUUGUUUUUAUAGUAUAAGGACUUUUGAAUGUUUAUAUCUUUUAGGCUUGUUACUUCCUUAAAGUCCAGCGUUUUCUCGGAUAUUGUUGGCAAUGUUUACAUUUAUCAAUGAUCAAAAUCAAUUAAACUGUUAGUUUAUCUAAUAUAAUAAUCAAAAUUUACUCAAAUGUUAGUUUAUCUAAUAUGUCUAUAAAACACCAGCGGUUAAUAGGGGAUCAACAUGUUAUUGAUCUUAUGUCCACUACACCUCGAGACUGGUAGACGGUGUCUUGUUAGGUAUUAUGGUAUGGUAUACCCACAGAAUACUACAUGCAGAGGCGUAGCCGUGAAAUAUAUAUUGGGGGGGGGGGGGGGUCCGCAACCCUAACCCCUAACCCUAUUUUAAAACCCCCCAGAAAUAUAAACAAACACCAUGUGGCCAUGCUGUCUACACAACUCGUUUGCUGAUUGGCCCACCGCGUGCAAAGUAUUAUGGUUACGUGGCUGGCUGAGCGGGCGAUAAAUAUUUGGUUUAGGCGAUAAUGUUUUUGGGUACCUACAUGCGAUUCACUCUGAUAAGUGGCAGAAAAAAAUUAACUAGACACAAUUUUAUGGAACACAGUUACUUUUCACUUCACACAUGUUUCAAGGAUGAUUCUCUCUGUGUUUUAUUUUAGCAAUGUAAACCAUAUUGGGAUAUGUACCGGUUAUAUACAGAUAGAAUCUUAACUAACACUAAUAAUUGUUGUAAAUAAAUAGGAGUUAGGGUCUACUAUGUAAAUAUUUGGGGGGGUCCAAGUAUAUUCAGACCCCCCCUCCCCAGAAAAAAAAUGUGUGUGUGUGUGUGUGUGUAUAUAUAUAUAUAUAUAUAUAUAUAUAUAUAUAUACGUGUUUAGGGAUUUGGUGACCGUGUAAAAAGUGAAACUGGAUUCGGGUCUUUAACAAAUGCAUUCAGUAAUGUAGGCUUAGUACAUGAUAACCUUUUAAUAAUCAAUUUUGUUUAUAUGGGUCUUCAAUAUAUAAUUUCACUUUAUUAAUUUAUGUAUUUACUUUAUUAUUAUUAAAGAUUAACUCAGUCCAUUAAUUAACUAUACAUAGUUUAAUUUAUAUUAUAUAUAUUUACUUUAUUAUUAUUAAAGAUUACCUAAGUUAAUCUUGUGAUCU